UAUAAACCCCCCACAAACCCAUGUGGUUGAUCAUUUCAACCGUCUCUUUGAACUGUUCAACCAACCUGCAGAGGUUAAUUUGCAGAAAUAUUAAUGGAAACCUCUUCAAGUUCCAGUUGCAACAAUGGCGGCCCGGCGGCUGAAGACCUCCUGGAACUGGAAGAACACUGGUUCUUCGGCAAUCCGCUUCAAGGCGGAAGAACCAAGGUCAUGUCCAGAUGUUUCUCCGAUCCCUGUCCUUCCUCCAACCACAGCCCAGCUGAUAUUUGCCUAACCAAAAGCUCUUCUUCCAUGGCGGUGGCCGAAGCUUGCCAAGAAGGAGAAGGCAGUUCCAAGUUUACUGCGCCGCCGCAGAGGGGGCGUAAUUUGCUCCGGACACCCUCUCUGCCGCCGUAUAUAGGGAGGGAAGAAGACCCUGAGAGUGAAUUCAGUCUCAGCAAACUGAUCAGGCAGGCUUCUCUCAGCUCCUCGGACGAGUUGCCGCCCAAGCACUCUUCCAAGGUGACGAAACAAGGAUCAAGUGCUCCAACUCCAAGGGCACAUCGCCCGAAGAAAAAACCAGAACCAGAAGAAGUACUCUCCAAUGGCAUGGAAUUAGCUUGUGAUCAAGCCAAGAUGAUUAUCAUUAAGGGCUCAAAUGAUCUUGAAUCAGCGAAAGUUCAGAGAUUCAAAGACCUGGGCUUGGGACCUGACAAGAAACAUCAAAGCCCAGGUGAAAUCAACCCGAUUCCAAGCUUAUUCCAAGAGAGGAAGAGAGUGAUGAUAAGGAGGCAGUAUCUGCCAGACCAGCCAUGGCAGCUGCUACAGAGCUCGGCUCCUCCAAGUUGGGUAGAGAAGAGCUCGUCGGCGGAGGCCAUGAAAGCACAGAUCAAGUUUUGGGCCAGGGCCGUGGCUUCUAACGCGCGCUGACGAGACAAUCAAGAUUCAAUUUUUUUUUUUUUUUUUUUUGGGGGGGGGGGGUGUAAUAUAUUGGGUAAAUUUGACAAGAUUGGGGGUGAUAGGAGAAGGGUAUUGGAAUAGUACUGCAUCACCUGUCAAUUUAAGGUAGAUUAUAACGCUUAAGUCAAUGUUCGGUAUUAAAGAAGAUGAACAGAAUUAGUUGAACAAUGACUAGGGUAAGUUUUAAAAAAUUUAUGACCAGAUCUAAGAUGAUUUGAUUGCAAUUUCUAUUGAAAUUUUUAGAAUUGAUAUAUUGUUCGAGUCAGAUAAUCUUAUAUUACUCGAUGCAAGCUCCACCCCCA